AUGUCGUCCAACCCGGGUCCUCGGCUCAACAUCGACAACAUCAACCCCCAUGUCCGCUCCGCCAAAUACGCCGUGCGUGGUGAGCUGGCCGUCAGGUCCGAGGAGUACCGCGCCGCGCUGCUGAACGGCGUGUCCAACCUGCCCUUCAAGCAGGUCAUCUCGGCCAACAUUGGCAACCCCCAGCAGCUGGACCAGAAGCCCAUCACCUUCUUCCGCCAGGUUCUCAGCAUCCUCGAGAACCCGACCCUGCUCGACAAGCCCGAUGUGCUGAUCAACCACUUGGGCUACAAGCCCGACGUGCUGGAACGGGCCAAGAGGUUGCUGGCCCAGGUUGGCUCCGUGGGCGCCUACAGUGCCAGCAACGGCGCCCCUGCCAUCCGCCAGAGCAUCGCCGAGUUCCUCGAGAGGCGCGAUGGCUUUCCCGCCAACCAGGCCGACAUCUACCUCUCGGCUGGUGCCUCAUCGGGGGUUAACACCCUCCUGCACGUCAUCUGUGCCGAUGAGAAGUCGGGCAUUCUCAUCCCCAUCCCUCAGUACCCCCUAUACAGCGCCUCUCUCUCAGUCCUGAACGCCGCCCCCGUGCCGUAUCUCCUUGACGAAGCCAAGAAUUGGGGCACCGACCUGGCUACCAUCAAGGAGGCCUACGAAAAGGCCAAGGCCGAAGGCAUCGACGUACGUGCAAUCGUCAUCAUCAACCCGGGCAAUCCCACCGGCGCCUCCCUGCCCGAGGAAGACGUCCGCGCCGUCAUCGACUUUGCCAGCCAAGAGCGCCUCGUCAUCCUGGCCGACGAGGUCUACCAGACCAACGUCUUCGUCGGCGAGUUCAUCAGUUUCAAGCGCAUGCUGCGCCAGAUGCAAAAGGAGAAGCCCGGCGUCUACGACCACGUCGAGCUCGCCUCCCUGCACUCCGUCUCGAAGGGUAUGGUCGGCGAGUGCGGCCACCGCGGCGGCUACUUUGAGCUCGUCGGCUUCGACCCGGCCGUCCAGGCCGAGAUCUACAAGUUCGUCUCCAUCACGCUCUGCGCCCCCGUCAUCGGCCAGUGCCUCGUCGAGCUCAUGGUCAACCCGCCCCGGCCCGGCGAGCCCUCGUAUGAGCUUUACCAACAGGAAUACAACGCCAUCUUCGACGGCCUGCGCGAGCGCGCAACGGCACUACACACGGCCUUCCAGCAGAUGGAGGGCGUCGAGUGCGGCGUGCCCCAGGGGUCCAUGUACCUCUUCCCCACCAUCAAGUUGCCGCGUAAGGCGGCCGAAGCGGCGGCGGCCGAGGGUCGAUCCCCGGAUGAGUUUUACUGCAUGCGCCUGCUCGAGGCUACCGGCGUGUGUGUCGUGCCCGGGUCCGGGUUUGGUCAGAAGGAGGGAACCCUGCACUUCCGCACGACCUUCCUCGCGCCAGGGACGGAGUGGGUGGGGAGUAUUAUCAAGUUCCACCAGGAGUUUAUGGAUAAGUACCGUUGA